AUGUCCAACGUGCAAGGGAAUUGGAUACAACUUGAGAAGCUUGGAGAGGGCACGUAUGCAACGGUCUUCAAGGGCCGGUCCCGUAUUACCAACGAAAUAGUCGCCCUUAAAGAAAUCCACCUCGACGCAGAAGAAGGGACGCCUUCAACAGCCAUCCGCGAGAUCUCUUUGCUGAAAGAACUCAAACACAUCAACAUCCUUCGCCUUCACGAUGUCAUCCAUACUGAAACCAAACUCAUUCUGGUUUUCGAAUUCUGCGAUCAAGAUCUAAAACGAUAUAUGGACACAAGAGGUGAAAGAGGAGCGUUGCAUCCGGACACUGUUAGAAGCUUUAUGUAUCAGUUGCUGAAAGGGACGGCAUUUUGCCAUGCGAAUAGAGUGUUGCAUAGGGAUUUGAAACCUCAAAAUCUAUUGAUCAAUAGGAAGGGGGAGUUGAAGUUGGGCGAUUUUGGGUUGGCGAGGGCAUUUGGUGUACCGGUGAAUACGUUUUCGAAUGAGGUCGUUACUCUGUGGUAUCGUGCCCCCGAUGUUCUCCUUGGCAGUCGGACAUACUCUACUUCUAUCGACGUUUGGUCGUGUGGGUGUAUCUUCGCGGAGAUGAUCUCGGGUGUGCCUCUCUUCAGAGGAAGGGACAACCAGGAUCAGCUUUUGAAUAUCAUGAGGAUUAUCGGCACUCCUGACGAUCGAACGCUGGGGAAUAUUGUUUCUCAAUCGCCCGAAAUCGUCAUCAAGACUUUCCCACGAUACGCCAAGGUUCCCUUCUCCCAAAUUCUUCCCAAAGCAUCCCCCCAAGCUCUCGACUUGCUCGAUCGUCUUCUGCAAUUUGACCCUGCUAAACGGAUUACUGCAGCAGAUGCACUUCGCCAUCCAUACUUCACUUCGGCCUUACCCACCCCUCCGUCCAUUCCUCAGGGCCUAAAUGCGUACGCACCCCCUGGGCCUGUGCCCGGACCCGCGGGUCCGGCUGGACCAUCAGCACAAGCUGCAGCACCCGGACAAAUGGGACCUCCAGCGGCGUAUUAUCCACACGGCGGUGGACACCCUCCUCCACCUGGAGCUCAUGGCGGUAUGCCUCCUCCCCCUGGUCCUGUACCUAUGUAUCCUGGUUUUGCCCACCCGAGUGUUGCUGCCCCUGUGGCAAUGACCAUGGCGAAUUUGGCGACCGGGAUGCCAGCGCCAGACGUUCAAACCAUGGUGUAUCAGCAGGCUCAACAGCAGCAACAACAGCAACAUCCACAAACCUAUGCACCACGUGGUGGAUAUCCUGGAACUGGAUACCCAGGCGCUUAA